CUGCGCAUGCGCAGAUGGCCCCGAGUAAACGCUGAGCAGCGGGAGAGAUAAAGUAGUCCUUUUUCUUUUUCAAUUCAGCACUUUAAAACGCCGCCUUUUCCUGUAAACUGUUGAAACCAACAGCAACAUUUUGACAGACUUGGCCUGAUUCUCCUCAUUUUUAAGCCAUGCCGCGCGGUGGAAAGAAGAGCCACAAGGGCCGGGGGAAACAGUUUACUAACCCUGAGGAGAUUGAUCGGCAGAUGAAGGCGCAGAGAGAGCUGGAGGAAAAUGGCGGUGUAGAGAAAGAGAAAGAGACCCCUACAGAUUCUGAGGAGGAGAGCAGCAGUGAUGAGGAGUCUGACUCUAAACGGAGGAGUGGGGUGGAGGGACUUAUAGAGAUUGAAAAUCCCAACCGUGUGUCUCAGAAGAGCAAGAAGGUGACUGAAAUAGACACCACUGCUCCCAGAGAGCUGUCUCGCAGAGAGAGAGAGGAGAUAGAGAAGCAGAAAUCAAAGGAGCGUUACAUGAAACUCCAUCUUGAGGGAAAAACUGACCAGGCUCGGGCCGAUCUGGCCAGACUGGCUAUCAUCAAGAAACAGAGGGAAGAUGCUGCUAAGAAAAGAGACGACCUCAAGAAAGUAGAAGAAACCAAAGGAAAGCGUUAGUAGUCCCCCCAAAAGCUUCAACAUGGCCUUCAGUCUCAGACGGAUGGAUGGAGGGAGGAGAUCUGGAGGAGAAAUGGGAGGGGGGCCAAUAUGAGUGACAUCAGAUCCACGCUGCUCCUUAACUCCCGUCCCUCACUUCACGUUAGAGGGCUACGGGUCUUCCAUGACACAAUGGUCAGGACAAUGAAAAACAGGUGAAGCAAUGCCGGAUGAAGAGGAGUGCAACAUUUGGGAGGCCUCUAGCCUUCUUGAAAUUUUUCUUCUUUCUUUUUAAAGUUCAAGAGGAAACGUUUGCAGGUCAUCCAAGUGCUUCACAGCCUCUUCACUCUCCUCACCUACCAGGGUUUUAAUUCUAAAGCUGCUAAAAUUACAUCCUUUUUCAUGCAUUCAUCUUCUUUUUUCCCCUCUCUUUUCCAAGCUAUCUAAUAGACAUUGACUAAACAUGUAUUACAGUUGGGAUUUCUUUGGUGCUUUACUUUCCUUCUCAUCAGUUUUGUGGGAAGGAAAGCUGUUGAACUUUGCUGCAGAGUUCACAGUUCUGUUGUAGUUAAAAUGCCAUGCUGCAAGUCCCAUGUGAUUUUUAUCAGCAUGUUCUGUAAGACUUUUCCCUUCACACGCAUUUUUGAAGGAAAAAACAAACAAAACAACCCCCUCCUUAAUUGGCUUUACAUACAUACAAUCUGUUGUAGGUCUUGCCUUGUUUUUCGUUUCCAGUUCUUAACUUCACUUCAGAAAAGAUCUAAGAAUUGGCUGAUCUGUUAACCACGGCACUCCGAGGAGGCGGAAGAUAUUUGUUUUUUUUCUUGCUGUGUCAUGGAUCAUGUCACCUCAUUCAUCUUAUUGCCGUUUAGUUCUUCUAUUUCAAAAUCUAAAUUUUGUUUUAGGCCCCAGGAAUAGUAGUUGAAUUUCCAAAACGAAAAUGGAUCAGUAUUAUGUUGCUGAACGUCUGUGUUGGAAAUGUCAGACCUCCCCAGUAACUGUUGCCUUGUCACGUUUCUAACAUGGAUCUUGUGUAAAUGGAUUUUAGGUCAAAAGUCAGGACUCUUGUUCAAAGUGAAUGCUUGGACACGUCUAAACUUCUGAGUUUUGUUUUCUUUUUGCCUUUUUUGAAGUUUACACAAGACCCAUUCACUAUUUAUCUCUUUCAAUUAAAGCGCUACGGGGAACCUGCACUAAAUUUAUACGGUAUACUGAAAGGCUACAAAAAUGCACUUCUAUACAUCAGCACCACCAUCGACCGUCUCCAAACCUUUAGUGAACAUCAGAGAGGACUUCAAAGAAGAUUCAUUGCAGGGGUUUUUUUGUGUGUGUUUUAUUGUUUACAGUUAAAAUGUACAUUCAAAGAAAACUGCAAAAUCAGUGUGAUGUAUUUUUCUUCGAAUCAUAUUCCUCAUGAAAAAUGUUGACGUCAAAAUGUAUGAAAUGCAGCCACAGUAGAAACAUGCUCCGUGAAAUAUGUAUUUGAUGGCAUUUUUAAAAAUAAAACCAUUUGUAGGUG